ACCACUAUUGUUUAGAGCUGAUAUGUUGAUUCCGGGCACGAAAUGUGGUUGUUUGCGUUCCUCACGCUCUGGGCACUUUUUGCACGUGUUGGCACAUUUUCGACACUUGUGAGAGAGUAACUUAUUUUUACUCUCAAAUUACCGGAGCAGCCCGGAAAGCGUGGGGAACGAAGCAUUGAAUCAUGCCAACUAUUCAAGCUGGAGUUGUAAAACCAUCGAUAAUAGAUAUAUCCAUCGAUAGUUUUUGAUAGUUUUGAAAAAACAUCGAUGGUCUUCGAUAGUCUCCAAAAAAUUAACUAUCGAUAGUGCCAUCGAUAGGUUUGCAACUCUACUUGGUGGAAAUCUCGAGUCGACUGGUUGCUGAUGAUCUUUGUAAACAAUGGAUAUAAACACGGUGGUUAAUACACCUUCUGUUGAAACUAUUUUUGUUCCUGGCUGCCCGAAUAUUAAGACGCAGGCGUCUCAUCGAAGAGUAGUGAAAGAGCAAAUUUUUGUUGCCAAUUUACCAGUAAUUACUGAGACGAACGUUGCCAAAACAGAGUUCAUAUCGGAUGAUGAUUGUGAAGCAAAUAACAGUGCAUUAAGCAAAGACGACUACGCCACCAAUAGUAACAGUGACGAUUUUGAAGCAUACAAAAGAGAUUUUGAAGAAAAUCUAAAAAAAAGCGCAAAAAUCGAUAUAAAUAAAGUAACUAAACAGCCCACAAAAAAACGUUUAAAACUUUCUGAAAGAGUCACAGAAGAGCCCAAGUUCGUGUGCAAUAUAUGUUCAAUGGGGUUUCAACGUGUGAACAAUUAUACCAUCCACAUGAAGAAAAAGCACAAAAUUGUUGGGGCAACUACUCCUUACAGUUGCCCUAAUUGUCCACGAAAGUACGAAUUUGAGUAUGAGUUGAAACGACAUAUGCAAAAGUACAGACCGCUAGAAGAAAGACUUGUCCAUCCUUGCUCACACUGUGAUCGGAAAUUCCAAACAAGAGUUCACGUGGCUCGACAUAUAAAGUUUGUUCAUGACAACAUACGUCCAUUUAUAUGUGAAGAAUGUGGAGAAGCUGUGCAUACAAGUACCACCUUGCGGGAACAUAUGCUCACCCACACAGACUAUUCGCCAUUCGAGUGUAAAGAAUGUGGGAAGUGUUUUAAGCAGAAACAGCGUCUGAAAAGACACAUGGAUAUUCACGGAGAAAAACA